AGAAGCACUCAGUAAAGGUCAAUCAAGCUUGAGGUCAGGCAAUGGGUUAAUUAGUUUCUGGAUGACCUCAAUCCGACUUGCCAACGUGCAGAGAGUCCAUACACACCCUGCUGUAGCCUGUAGCUGAGGGAACCACUCGGUCCGACCGACAACACUGACCUUGUAUAAAAACCAUGCUUGCGAUAUAAAACGAUAGAUACCUACGCAAAGCCCGAGUGCUUAUGUCCUGGCAGUCGAAUCACGAGAACCACACACCUAGGGUUUCUACCGGCUUUGGAGGAAAGAUGGUCGCACUGCCUCUAUUCAAGCUUGCAUCUCUGUUCGUCAGGCAUGUCUCCAAAUAUGGCGCUAAUCGCAUCAAGCACCAAGCGCACGAACAUCCCGCCUUCCGAGCAUGGGCGGCCAGAGGUGGCCAAGCCAUACAUCAGCUCAAUAUGCGAAUGUCGGUAGCCCUUCUCAGAAACCCCGAGGCCGAGCAAAGAGCCAAGGAGAAGGCAGAAGCUCCGACAGUAAAAACGGAAGAACAAAUAAAAAAGGACGAAGAGUUCAAGGCAAAGCAUGGAAUAACACCUGAGGAGGCCCGACUAAAUGCCAAGAAGCGGACAAACAUCUUCACAGUCUGGAGGCGGAAGUUCAGGCCAUUGCCAGAGCCAAAGGCCGUCGAUCUCUUUGCCGACGUCAUCGGCGACGCCUUCAUCUUGUCAGUCGCCAUCACAUUGGUCAUCUAUGAAUGGUACAAGUCGUCUACAAAGCCCGACCACAACGCCGAAAAGAUUAAAGAACUCAAUGCCAAAUUGGAGGCACUCGAACAGGAGCGCGAGAACGAGAGGAAGCGCCAGGAGAGCAGGAUAUUACAGAUGGAGGAGGCCUUGAGGGGGUUCAAGGAUCCCAAAACGAAGAAGCCGCUGCUGCCUCCAGCGCCAACUGCUACUCUCACACCAAUAACAUCUCCACCCGCCUCGUAACAGCCGCAUUGAUCAACCUAUUGUCUGAGGGCUUCUUUGCGCUAACCUCGCAUCCUCGCGUUUUAUGGCCUGCCCGAGAGGAAAGCAUAUAGCAGCUCGUGCUGGAGGGAGAAUCUAUCUCACUCGCGGACCCCAGGAACAGACGGACAGUAGAGUACAGUCGAGAAGUUCCCUGAUGUAUAUACCAAGUCUCAACUCAAACAGAAUCAAAUAUAGUGAUACCCAGUAUGUUUUCUUCUUCUUUUCUUCUCGUCUACUGCUCAUAUCAA